CCAAGACUUCAUUAGUUCAUCUCCAUCCUCCCAGAUCUAAUUGUAAUGGCUUCCUGUUCUUCCUCUAGUAUUACAACUUCCGCUAAUGCUUAUAGAUAUGACGUUUUUCUAAGUUUUAGAGGCGAAGAUACCCGUGAUUCUUUUACAGAUCAUCUUUAUGACGCAUUAAAGCGAGCAGGAAUCGGUACUUUUAGGGAUAACGAAGAAAUCAACAGAGGUGAGCGCUUGAAGCCAGAGAUUGAGAGUGCGGUUAAGGAAUCUAGGGCUUCCAUAGUUGUAUUGUCAAAAAACUAUGCAACGUCCACUUGGUGCCUAGAUGAGCUUCUGUUGAUCCUCGCACAAAGAAGGGAGUGCAGUCAUUUCGUUCUACCAGUUUUUUAUCACAUUGAUCCUUCUGACGUGAGGAAUCAAAAUGAAACCUUCGCAAUCGAAGUCCAAGCCUCUUCAAGGUGGACAAAUCACAAUGUGAACCUGUGGAAGAAAGCUCUUAAGGAAGUUGCUGAUUUGGCCGGCAUGGUUUUAUGCGGGCCUGAAACAGAGUUUCUAAAGGAAAUUGUUAGCACUAUAUACAAUAAACUGGACCGCAAAGAAGUCCAUCUUCCAAACAACUUAACAGGGAUGGCCACUCGAUACAAGGACAUCCAUUCCUGGUUAAAUGGAUCCGAUGCAGAAUUUUUGGCAAUUUGUGGCAUGGGAGGAAGCGGGAAGACGACGUUGGCCCGGUAUAUAGUGUACUCAAAUUGCCAAAAUUUUGAAAGCAUUAGCAUUGUCGAAGACAUUGGAAGUAGAUGUAAAGAACCACAUGAUUUGCUUCAGAUACAAGAAAAACUUUUUGCAGAUAUUUCAGGCGGAAAGAAGAGAAAAAUACCCAGUGUUUGUCAAGGUACAUUCAAGAUUGAAGAGGCCUUACAAGUGAAGAAGGCGCUUAUUGUUCUUGAUGACAUUGUUGAACCGAGCCAGUUGGUAGCUUUACUUGGAUGCGGUGAUAUUAACACACAAAGUAAGAUUAUUAUAACAACUAGGGAAAAUGGUAUAGGUAAAUGGUUUGAGUCCAGAUCUUGGAAGUGUCAAGAGUACCAAAUGAAAUUACUAGAUGAUGAUGAAUCAUUAGAGCUUUUAAGUCGACAUGCCUUUGGAGUUAAAACUCUGAUGGAAGGUUAUGAGGAGCUUGCAAAGCAGGUGUUGCAGUAUUGUGAAGGAAAUCCGUUGGCUCUUGAGGUGUUGGGUUCCUCUCUAGCACAGGAUAAUAGUAUCCUAUUUUGGAAAAGUACAUUGAGCUUAUUGGGAAGGGAUAUUGAUGUUGGAAUUCAACGUGUACUUAUCAGGAGCUUCAACUCUUUGCCACAUGAAUCUAACAAAGAGUUGUUUUUGCAUAUUGCUUGUUUCUUUGUUGGCAAAGACAUAGAUUAUGUGGUAAAGAUAUUGGAGCAUGAUUACUCUGCAGUAUCGGGGAUCAAAAUAUUAAUCAACCGAUGCCUUCUGUCUGUUUCUCCAAACAAAAAACUAAUGAUGCACCCAUUGCUUCAAGAGAUGGGGAGAACAAUAGUCCAUCAAGAAUCACCCAAAGAUCCUGCAAAACGUAGUAGAGUCUGGUUUAAUAAGGAUUCUUAUGAUGUUCUGCGAAAAGGAAAGGGUUCAAAAACAAUGGAAGGUCUAUCACUUGACAUGCAAAUGUUAAAGGAAGAAAAGUAUGCAUUAAAGUCAUCAAAUCUCAAGACAGAUGCACUUCAAAAUAUGGAUAAACUUAAAUUACUACAGCUAAAUUUUGUGCAACUCAGCGGGUCCCUCUUGGAAGUAUUUGAACCGCCCAUGGGUCUUCAAUCCCUGCAGAUUCUAAAUCUUAAAGACUCACACAAACUAAUCGAAAUCCACAACAUGUCCCGGAUCCCUCAUCUUGAGACUUUAAUUCUCUGGAACUGUCAAAGUCUGGUUCGUGCUUGUGAUUCCAUUGGAGACUUGACAGGUCUUGCACUGCUGAACAUGACAGGGUGUAAAAAACUGCAAACACAUCUGUUUGUAGGGGUAGAAGCUUCUACUUCUGGUGGAGAAGUUUCUAAAAAGCCGACCUUUUCCUUCCCACUUUCAUUACAUCGGUUAUUCCUCAAGGACUGCAAUCUUGAGUGUACCGAAUCUUUUCCUCUGACUUUCAGUGUUCAAAUAUCUUUGCAGUACUUGAAUUUAGGCAAUAGUUUAUUUGAGUUUCUGCCUUGUUAUGAUCAUCUUAAAAAUCUUCGGGUCCUUGACUUGAGUUUAUGUUCAAGACUUAAAUGGCUUCUGUGUCUUCCAAGUACACUUGCAGAAUUGUAUGUAUACUACUGUAAGUCACUGGAGAAAAUAAGUUUCCAAUCACAUCGAUUCACAUUGCAAGAGUUUGGCUAUGAAGGCUGUAUAAGUUUGUGUGAAAUCGAAGGCUUUAUCAAAUUGGUGCCUGUAGCCAAACUUGAAGAAAAUGAUUUGGGACACAUGAAGUGGCUAAAAGAAUAUCAAAAUCAUGAGAUGUGCCUUGUUGGUGAUGACGAGCUCACCAUAGGGAGGAGUUUUUCUCUUCAGAUGUUGUAUGAAUUCGAUAUAAUGAGCACAUCUAUGCCAGACAUAAAGGAUCCAAACAUGACGUCUGGUUAUACAAUAUCAGGUGAUUAUUGGUCAUGGUUUUGUAAAAUCAGUACGAGCAAUGGUGUUGAUUUGUUGUACAACCCAAAAGUCUUCGGAAAGCCUGAAUUUGGUAAAGUUGGUAUAUGGUUAAGCUAUUGGCCAAUUGGAAACACAUUGGACAUUGGAGAUAUAGUUAAUGUUUCUAUCGUUGUGAUAAGUGGAUUGGAAGUACACGAAUGUGGAGCUUAUUAUCUUUGUCGCCAAGAUUUCUUUGAGUCAGUGGAAGUUGGCAGACCAAGUCCUGAUUGGUUCAGAAUCCUUGUUGGUGACACCAUUGACUAUACAGAGGUACGUGGAUGGAGAAAGACAGGUCGACCAAAGCAGAUGAAUCCAUCAUUUACAGAGUUGCAAACUGUUAGAUGCAUCAUCCAUGGUCCUGAAUUGGAGGAAAUUUACAAGAUCCCAGAGAUGUCAAAAUCAUCUUUUGGAGAUAAACCUUUGGAGUCCACAUCAAGCAUGCUUGGGGAGACGAUGAAAUCUGCCACAUCAUCUACAUUUAGAGACACAACAAUCCAGGUUCCAUCUAACCCCAAGAUGGAAAUACUUGAAGAAGAGAAUCUAAUCGCUGCUGCCAAUCUUAUUCUCAUGGCACUGGAUUCCAACAAGGAAAUCACAAAUUCAACAAGGAAAAUCUUGGUCGAUCUACGCACCCGAAUGAUUCCAUGCCAAAUAUCGUUGUAACUGAAGAUGAACAUACCGAAGAAUAUGAAGAACUCAGUGACAUCAAAGAACAAAUCAAUUUAAUUCAAAAGAAGAUCAUGAGUUGGGAACGUGAUGAAUUCAAGAUAUGGGAUUCUGAUCCCGAACAAGCUAAAGAGUAUUUUAAAGCAGUCGAUGAAGCACGAAGAUUAUCAGAGGUCUUGGAGAGUUUGAAUUUGACAAAAGACGUUAACACUCUAUUGAGAAACGUUAAUACUCUUAUCCAAACAUCAAUGGCGAGGAUCGAAGAGAAAUUCCGCCAUAUCCUUUUUCAUAAUCGUCAAAACUUUGAGCCAGACCAUUCUGAACAAUUUUCUUUCCUUUUCAGUGAAGAUGAUAGUGUAGACGAGAAUUCCAUGCUUUCAUUCGGGGACAGCACCAUAAGCCAUGGAGCUGAAGUUUUUAUAAUGGAUUUAAUCCAUCCGCUGGCGAUUGUGGACCUGAAAGGAAUUGCUAAUUUCAUGUUUGAUUCCAAUUACGGUUGGGAAUGUUCUCAAACAUUCAUUAGCGUCCGAAAAGACUCAUUAGAUGAUUGUUUAUUUUCUCUCGAAAUCGAAAAAAUAAGCAUCGAAGAUGUUAUAAAAAUGGAAUGGAUUGGGUUAAACUCCAAGAUUAGAAGAUGGAUCAAGGCAAUUAAGAUGUUCGUUAGGGAGUACCUCGCUAGUGAGAAGCUUUUAUGCGAGCAGAUAUUCGGGCAGAGAGAGUCGGUCAGUUCGAUGUGUUUUACUGAGUCCUCAGAAGCUUCGAUGUUGCGGCUUUUGAACUUUGCAGAAGCAAUCACGAUCAGGCCCCACCAACCGGAAAAACUUAUUAGAAUUCUUGAGAUGUAUGAAGUUUUAUCGGAUCUUAUGCCGGAUAUUGAAAGUUUGUACCCCGAUGAAAACGGAUUUUACAUUAGAUCAAAUUACCACCACGUUUUGACAGAGGUGGGCGAUUGUGUAAAGGCAACGUUUAUCGAAUUCAAGAACAAAGUAGGGGCUAAUUCGUCAAAUAUCGCGUUUCCCGGUGGUGGUAUCCACCAUCUCACACGCUACGUGAUGAAUUACAUCAUUGUCCUAACCGAUUUCAGCGACUCGUUAAAUUUGUGUCUGAAAGACCACCAAGGCAAUGAGGGUCCUUCAUCUUCACCAGGCCAGGGAGACGAUUCAAUCAAUGGAAACUCAUCUUUAUCUCCAAUGGCGUUGCAUUUCCAAUCGUUAAUGUCAAUUCUAGAAUCCAAACUUGAGGAAGAGUCAAAAUUAUACAAAGAUGAAGCACUGGGCCAUCUUUUUAUGAUGAACAACAUCAGUUACAUGGCAGAAAAAGUGAAAAAUUCAAAAAUGAGAAACAUUGUUGGAGACGAUUGGAUUCGGAAUCAGAAUCGGAAAUUUCAGCAAUAUGCGUUGAGUUAUGAACGGGACACCUGGCAAUCAGUUUUGAAUUUGCUUCGAGAAGAUAGUCUACAUAGUUCUGGAAGCUCAAAAACAACCUCGAAGAUUGUGCUUAGGGAAAGGUUGCAGGCGUUUUAUACUGCUUUUGAAGAUAUUUACAGGAAUCAAACGGGAUGGUCGGUUCCAAAUAGUCAACUUUGUGAGGAUUUGAGAAUCUCGAUCUCGGUUAAGGUGAUUCAAGCUUUUCGGACUUUUGUUGGUAGAUAUGCCAAUAUAAUUAGUGAAAAAUAUAUCAAGUAUACUGCUGAUGAUCUUGAGAAAUAUAUUUUGGAUCUGUUUGACGGAGCUCCGAGAUCUUUGCAGAGCUUCGGUAAAAGGUUACGUCACUAGUUUUUUUAGUGAGUAGAUAGAGCCCAGUCAUUGGAGAUGAAAGUUGAGUUUUCAUUGAUCAUACGAAAUUGGUCACACUUUUUACAUUAACCUUUGGAUCAUUCCAUG